UACUGCACAAAUUAUUGAAAUGAAUCAUUUUCUUAUUUGUAAACGUACGCAAGAGAUCACGUAGAAAUUAUGAAGACAUUAAUUCUCACCACUGUUUGCUUUCUUUUAGUAUUCGGUAAAAGUUCUUCUGUGUAUAUACGAGGACUUUGCCCAUCGGAUAAGCCUCGUCAAAAUUGCACUCCUCGACCGUGUGAAAACGCAAUUUGUGUGUCCCAUCCAUUGGCAGAAUGCAAGGACAAUUAUUGUGGUGGUUGUUACGCUGAUUUUUAUGACGGAAAUACGAAAGUGAGCUGUGAAAAGCGAACUUGUAUCGAGGGCGUUUGCCUUACUUAGUCCAAAGAUGGCCAUUAGAAAUGCGUUGUAUCAACUGUGGUUUGCAUUACAUCUACAGCUUGUGAAUAUAUGAUGAACUACGAACUGAAUUUUUAAUUAGAGUUGCACUAAAACUGUCGAAUAUCACUAUUCAAUACAUAAAUUUCACGAAUCAAUAGCUCUUGAUUUUUUUUAUGAGGCUUUGAUAUUGAAUUGAUCUUCUUCUAGAAGCUCUGGGUGCACUUUUAACUUCAACCUAGAUGAAGGGCAUCUUAUUUUUCUUAAAAUCUCUGUGCAGGAAAAAUCGGAUUGCUUAAAAGUUGGUGAAGUUAAAUUUUUAGCAAAAUCUUUUCAUCUGUUGCGGCCUAAAAUCGACGUAUUUUUUCCAAGUAUAUGAUUGAUGAAAGAGAUUAUGAGAGUCUUCAAUACUCAGGCACACUGGCACAGUAAGACUUAUCACUUUGUGCUAUAUAUUAAAUCAAAUUACAGGCCAUGUUAAGCCAGCACGUGUUCCUACAAGUACAUUUAUUACACUUAACUGGCCGCCAUGGUAAUUUUUUUUAUAACUUUUAAUAAGACCCAGCGUUUUAAGACGGAGUCCUUUAGCCAAAUUGUUUAUUUCUUUAAGAUACAUUUUAAAAUAUUGUUUUAAAUGUGCAAAAUUUCCGUCAAAUUGAUUCUGCAAAACUAAACCAAAUGGAUUGUUGUUGCAGUUAUAACAUUCCAGUUAUAUUUAUAUCAAUGUCAAUGACACAAUGACCAUUAGCCAUCUUUGGUGGUUUGUCGUGUUCUGGUGUUCGUGGUGUUCGGUUGUAAAUAUGUCUGUUCAAUAUAUGCGGGAUAUUUUGAGCCAGUGGCUCAAAGAUUGGCCUUUAUUUUCGCACGUAAUUGAAAAAGAAUCAUUUGUUUGGAAGUAUUGGGAGUUGGCUCAAAACUCGUUGAAGAAAUCAUCAAUGAACGAAGUGCUACUUUGGCUGUCCGUGACAGUUUACUGUUUCAUCGAAGCCCUACAACACCAUUUUUGCCAUGCUUGUGUUCAACUUUCGCGCUUAUCUAAAAAACUGCUUUCUCUUAUUGAAAAAUCUUUGGUGAGUAGCGCGGAUAAUAUUGGUUCGAGCUUCAACGGCGUAUCGAUUAAAUUCUUCAACCAGUUUGUGGAUGCGCUCAGAAAGUUCAAAGCGCCAACAAUAUUUAGAAAUGAGGAAGAAGGUGGCAUUAAUCCUUGUUCUUCAGCCAAGAGAUUGUUUAAGAAUUUUGCAAUUGGUGCAAGUCAAGCAACAAAGAAAUUACUCAAUGUUUACAAUGUGGCUCUCUCCCAAAUUGAAAUGAUAACUGUGACCUUUGUGGAUAGUACUGAAGUUAUACUUGAGAAAGUUAAUGAAGUAUAUAAUAAUGAUAUCUUUCUGCUUACAUCCUUCUCGACCUAUCCAAAAUCAAUGCACAUGUUCAAUUGUUUAUUGCAAUUUGCUGAACUCUUUAUGGAAUAUUUGUCAUCACUGUUUGCCUUGGAUAUUGAGAUUGAGCUGGAAUGGGGUGGUUGGACCUUGAUGCUGAAGAUUUUGUAGUCAUUGAUAGUGUGAUAUUUUUUUCUAUCCUAUGCGUGGAAUUCGUGCCCUAUUGAACGGAACGGCUCAAAUUGCCCAAGAGUUGAGUUCUCCGAAUGAAAAAGACAUCCGUCAACCAAUAAGAAUGCAAGACUAUACAGUGUGGAUGAUCCUAUUGAUUUUUUCCGUUUCAUGGAAUUUUUCAUUACAAGAUUCUAACACUAUAUUUGUCCUGACAUCAACAGCUCCGAUCUCAACUAUUAAAAGUUCAAUUGUCAGCUCUACCUUGUCACUCAGUGAGAAAGUUCCGAUCUCAACUAUUGAAAGUUCAAUUGUCAGCUCUACCUUGUUAACCACUGACAAAGUUCCGAUCUCAACUAUUAAAAGUUCAAUUGUCAGCUCUACCUUGUCACUCAGUGAGAAAGUUCCGAUCUCAACUAUUGAAAGUUCAAUUGUCAGCUCUACCUUGUCAACCACUGACAAAGUUCCGAUCUCAACGAUUGAAAGUUCAAUUGUCAGCUCUACCUUGUCAACCACUGACAAAGUUCCGAUCUCAACUGUUGAAAGUUCAAUUGUCAGCUCUACCUUGUUAACCAGUGAGAAAGUUCCGAUCUCAACUAUUAAAAGUUCAAUUGUCAGCUCUACCUUGUCACUCAGUGAGAAAGUUCCGAUCUCAACUAUUGAAAGUUCAAUUGUCAGCUCUACCUUGUUAACCAGUGAGAAAGUUCCGAUCUCAACGAUUGAAAGUUCAAUUGUCAGCUCUACCUUGUCAACCACUGACAAAGUUCCGAUCUCAACUGUUGAAAGUUCAAUUGUCAGCUCUACCUUGUUAACCAGUGAGAAAGUUCCGAUCUCAACUAUUAAAAGUUCAAUUGUCAGCUCUACCUUGUCACUCAGUGAGAAAGUUCCGAUCUCAACUAUUGAAAGUUCAAUUGUCAGCUCUACCUUGUUAACCAGUGAGAAAGUUCCGAUCUCAACUAUUGAAAGUUCAAUUGUCAGCUCUACCUUGUUAACCAGUGAGAAAGUUCCGAUCUCAACUAUUGAAAGUUCAAUUGUCAGCUCUACCUUGUCAACCACUGACAAAGUUCCGAUCUCAACUAUUGAAAGUUCAAUUGUCAGCUCUACCUUGUCAACCACUGACAAAGUUCCGAUCUCAACUAUUGAAAGUUCAAUUGUCAGCUCUACCUUGUUAACCAGUGAGAAAGUUCCGAUCUCAACUAUUGAAAGUUCAAUUGUCAGCUCUACCUUGUUAACCAGUGAGAAAGUUCCGAUCUCAACUAUUGAAAGUUCAAUUGUCAGCUCUACCUUGUUAACCAGUGAGAAAGUUCCGAUCUCAACUAUUGAAAGUUCAAUUGUCAGCUCUACCUUGUUAACCAGUGAGAAAGUUCCGAUCUCAACUAUUGAAAGUUCAAUUGUCAGCUCUACCUUGUUAACCAGUGAGAAAGUUCCGAUCUCAACUAUUGAAAGUUCAAUUGUCAGCUCUACCUUGUCAACCACUGACAAAGUUCCGAUCUCAACGAUUGAAAGUUCAAUUGUCAGCUCUACCUUGUCAACCACUGACAAAGUUCCGAUCUCAACUAUUGAAAGUUCAAUUGUCAGCUCUACCUUGUUAACCAGUGAGAAAGUUCCGAUCUCAACUAUUGAAAGUUCAAUUGUCAGCUCUACCUUGUUAACCAGUGAGAAAGUUCCGAUCUCAACUAUUGAAAGUUCAAUUGUCAGCUCUACCUUGUCAACCAGUGAGAAAGUUCCGAUCUCAACUAUUGAAAGUUCAAUUGUCAGCUCUACCUUGUUAACCAGUGAGAAAGUUCCGAUCUCAACUAUUGAAAGUUCAAUUGUCAGCUCUACCUUGUUAACCAGUGAGAAAGUUCCGAUCUCAACUAUUGAAAGUUCAAUUGUCAGCUCUACCUUGUUAACCAGUGAGAAAGUUCCGAUCUCAACUAUUAAAAGUUCAAUUGUCAGCUCUACCUUGUCACUCAGUGAGAAAGUUCCGAUCUCAACUAUUGAAAGUUCAAUUGUCAGCUCUACCUUGUUAACCAGUGAGAAAGUUCCGAUCUCAACUAUUGAAAGUUCAAUUGUCAGCUCUACCUUGUUAACCAGUGAGAAAGUUCCGAUCUCAACUAUUGAAAGUUCAAUUGUCAGCUCUACCUUGUUAACCAGUGAGAAAGUUCCGAUCUCAACUAUUAAAAGUUCAAUUGUCAGCUCUACCUUGUCACUCAGUGAGAAAGUUCCGAUCUCAACUAUUGAAAGUUCAAUUGUCAGCUCUACCUUGUUAACCAGUGAGAAAGUUCCGAUCUCAACUAUUGAAAGUUCAAUUGUCAGCUCUACCUUGUCACUCAGUGAGAAAGUUCCGAUCUCAACUAUUAAAAGUUCAAUUGUCAGCUCUACCUUGUUAAACAGUGAGAAAGUUCCGAUCUCAACUAUUGAAAGUUCAAUUGUCAGCUCUACCUUGUUAACCAGUGAGAAAGUUCCGAUCUCAACGAUUGAAAGUUCAAUUGUCAGCUCUACCUUGUCAACCACUGACAAAGUUCCGAUCUCAACUAUUGAAAGUUCAAUUGUCAGCUCUACCUUGUUAACCAGUGAGAAAGUUCCGAUCUCAACUAUUGAAAGUUCAAUUGUCAGCUCUACCUUGUUAACCAGUGAGAAAGUUCCGAUCUCAACUAUUGAAAGUUCAAUUGUCAGCUCUACCUUGUCAACCAGUGAGAAAGUUCCGAUCUCAACUAUUGAAAGUUCAAUUGUCAGCUCUACCUUGUUAACCAGUGAGAAAGUUCCGAUCUCAACUAUUAAAAGUUCAAUUGUCAGCUCUACCUUGUCACUCAGUGAGAAAGUUCCGAUCUCAACUAUUGAAAGUUCAAUUGUCAGCUCUACCUUGUUAACCAGUGAGAAAGUUCCGAUCUCAACUAUUGAAAGUUCAAUUGUCAGCUCUACCUUGUUAACCAGUGAGAAAGUUCCGAUCUCAACUAUUAAAAGUUCAAUUGUCAGCUCUACCUUGUCACUCAGUGAGAAAGUUCCGAUCUCAACUAUUGAAAGUUCAAUUGUCAGCUCUACCUUGUUAACCAGUGAGAAAGUUCCGAUCUCAACUAUUGAAAGUUCAAUUGUCAGCUCUACCUUGUUAACCAGUGAGAAAGUUCCGAUCUCAACUAUUGAAAGUUCAAUUGUCAGCUCUACCUUGUUAACCAGUGAGAAAGUUCCGAUCUCAACUAUUGAAAGUUCAAUUGUCAGCUCUACCUUGUCACUCAGUGAGAAAGUUCCGAUCUCAACUAUUGAAAGUUCAAUUGUCAGCUCUACCUUGUUAACCAGUGAGAAAGUUCCGAUCUCAACUAUUAAAAGUUCAAUUGUCAGCUCUACCUUGUUAACCAGUGAGAAAGUUCCGAUCUCAACUAUUGAAAGUUCAAUUGUCAGCUCUACCUUGUUAACCAGUGAGAAAGUUCCGAUCUCAACUAUUAAAAGUUCAAUUGUCAGCUCUACCUUGUCACUCAGUGAGAAAGUUCCGAUCUCAACUAUUGAAAGUUCAAUUGUCAGCUCUACCUUGUUAACCAGUGAGAAAGAUUCUAACAUGACACAUGUCCCAACACCUACAGUUCUGAUCUCAACUGUGGAAAGUUUUACUGUCAGCCCUACGUCAUUAACCAGUAAAGGAGUUCCACCAUCUAUCACCGUAUCGCCAGUAUCGCAAGAAGUGGUUUAUCAAAACUCCGCUGUAUUAAAUUGUACAAGUUCUGGAAAUCCUAUUCCUAACAUUACUUGGAGUUUUGGAAAUAAAAAUUUGAAUGUAGAGGCAAAGUAUAACAUCACCAUCGUAGGAAAUGUGAACACACUUGUUGUGAAGAACUUAAACAGAUAUGAUAAUGGAUCUUACGUUUGCUUUGCUAUUAAUGAAAAUGGAAAUGAUACAAACUCAUCAAACCUUAUCGUUCUGAGUCCUCCUGAUCCUCCAAUCGAGUUAAUGUCAACAGAAAGAACUGCUUCAUCGAUAAAAAUUUCUUGGAAAGAGAGUCCGUUUAAUGGCAACAGUCCUGUUACUAAUUUUACUGUUAUCCUAGAAAAAGAAAACAAAACCUAUAAUUGUCCCAUUUCAAAUUCCACUCAUACUCCAGUUUGCAAUAUUUCUUCAACAAAUUCAACCAUCACCCAGAUUCCUGUUGCUAAUUUUACCAUUCUAAUAAAACAAGAAAAUCAGACCAACAGUUGUUCUAUAUCAAACGUCACUCAUGGUUCAGUUUGUAUUGUUUCUUCAAAAAAUGUAACAUUUACUCAGCUGACACCACACACUAAUUAUAGUUUUACCGUUUGUUCAAACAAUAUCAUUGGACAGAAUUGUACGGAUGGAAACUUCAAAGUACUAACAUUACAAGAUGCUCCUAGUGAACCACAAAUGCUUUCAGUCGUUGAUAAAACAAGUGAUUCCUUCCUGAUAUCAUGGAUAGAACCUGGAAUGUUGAAUGGCGUUAUUACCUUUUAUAAUUUAACUUUAUGUUUGUUGGUGGAUGGAAAUGGACGAACAUAUGAUAACUGUGUGAUGUCUUACACUGUUGUCUUGGCAAAAAAUUACAGAAGUUUUAACACCAGCAGAAACUUUACUUUGUGUUCUUACUGUAAAUAUCAAAUUGAACUUCGAGCUGCGACUGUGAGACUUGGCCCACCUGCAAUCAUACAAAACAGAACUCUGGAAAGUGCGUCCAGUAAACCAAGAAAUGUCAGUUUAGUUCCUAUUUCAUCCACUGCGCUUAAUGUGUCAUGGCUUCCACCAUUGAAUAAAAAUGGAAGAUUGAGUGGAUAUUUUAUCACGUGGAGAAUAUUACGUAACGAUACCAACCAUAGUGUUGUUGGUCAAACGAUGUCGGAGAAUUUGGAGAAUGACACAAGCUCAUUUGAAAUAUCAAAACUAGAACAUUAUUCUGUAUAUGAAGUAACUAUCAAUGCUGUUAAUGGUUUUGGCAAUGGAUCGCGUGUUGUUGUGAUGGCUCGGACAAACGAACAUGUUCCCAGUGCACCAGUUGCUGUAAAUGUCACUGCAUUAUCGUCCACGCAGUUGAAAGUCACGUGGUUUCCACCUUUGGAUCCCAAUGGUGUUAUCACUGGUUAUAAUAUUACGUGGAAGUUAAAGAACGAUGAUAGCAAUGAUGGAGUAGAAUCUGUUUUGAACGUUCUUUCUACUCCAUUAAACUCAUCAUCUCGUAGUUAUGUCAUCGACAGCUUAAAACCUUACUCUGUUUACACUGUGAUCGUUUAUGCUAUAACUGGAGCUGGAAGUGGUGAUGGUACAAGUAUAGACAAACAAACUGGCGAAUCAACCCCUUCUGAGCCCACCAAUGUUCGGUUGGAUUUGGAAUCGUCCACAGGACUUCUACUAAAUUGGUCACCUCCCACAAAUCCAAAUGGAGAAAUUACGGGAUAUAGGAUUAUUUCAUUUAUUGUGAAAGAUGACAAAAAUAGAUCUGUGAACAUCAAUAAACAUAGACAAGACAUAGUAACGGAAACUGGAUUUGAAAUGGAACAUUUAGAACCAUACUUUGAAUACAAUGUAUCGCUAAAUGCGAUCACUAUUGCUGGAAAUGGUACUCAAGUCUUUAGACUGGUUCGAACAAGUCAAUCAAUUCCCAGUGAACCACUUAACGUGAAAGCUUCAAACAUUAGCUCAACUCAACUCAAUGUAUCGUGGGAUGAACCUAAAAAGUUCAAUGGAAUUUUAGUGUCAUACACAGUUUAUUAUAAAUUUCUUCGUGAUGAUAACAACGAAGUUGUACAUGGUGCAAGUUAUGAAAGCAGAAACACCUCACCAGAUGUGAGAACAUUGACUCUAACAAAUCUUGAAAAAUAUAGCGUUUAUGAAGUCAAAGUCAGUGCGUCAACUUCAGUUGGAGAAGGAAGGAACUCUGCGGUAAAGGAAUUCUUGACAGAUGAAGACACUCCUGGCGCUCCAAUUAAUGUAACAUUACAAAGAUCAUCGUCCACAGUACUUAGCUUAACGUGGGUGAUACCAAGCGAUCCUAAUGGGAUCAUUCGUGGGUAUAAUGUAUCUUGGAGUAAAGUAUUAAAUGAUAAGAAUGGAACAGUUCCCAUGAACAGGAAUAGUACCAACACCACCAAUACUUCAUUUUUAAUUUCAAAUCUUGAUCCAUAUUCUGUUUACAAUGUAAGUUUGAAUGCAUUUACCAUCGUCGGAAGUGGAGAAGUUGUAAAUAGCACUAAACGAACUGAUGAAGCAGUUCCCAGUGAACCACGCAACGUAAGAGCUUCAAAUAUUAGCUCAACUCAACUUAAUGUAUCGUGGGAUGAACCUGAAAAAUUCAACGGAGUUUUACUGUCAUACACAGUUUAUUAUAAACUUAUUCGUGAUGACAAAAACAAUGUUGUACAUCGUACAAGUUAUGAAAGUAGAAACAUUUACUCGGACGUAAGAACAUUGAUUUUGGAGGAACUUGACAAAUACAGUGUUUACAAAGUCAAAGUGAGUGCAUCAACUUCAGUUGGAGAAGGAAUGAACUCUACGGUAAAGGAAUUCUUGACAGAUGAAGACACUCCUGGCGCUCCAGUUAAUUUAACAUUACAAAGAUCAUCGUCUACAGUACUUGAAUUAACUUGGGUGGUACCAAUGGAUCCUAAUGGGGUGAUUCUAGGAUAUUAUGUAUCGUGGAGUAAAGUAAUGAACGAUAAGAAUGAAACAGUUCCCAUCAUCAAGAACAGUACCAACACCACGAAAACUUCGUUUUCCAUUUCAAAUUUAGAUCCAUAUUCUGUUUAUAAUGUAAGUUUAAAUGCAUUUACCUUCGUUGGAAAUGGAGAAGCUGUAAAUCUCAGUGAACGAACCGGUGAAGCAGUUCCCAGUGAACCACGUAACGUAAGAGCCUCAAAUGUUAGCUCCACUCAACUUAAUGUAUCGUGGGAUGAACCUGAAAAGUUCAGUGGAAUUUUAUUGUCAUACACAGUUUAUUAUAAACUUAUUCGUAAUGACAACAACAAAGUUUUACAACGUAUGAAUUAUAAAAGCACAAACACCUCACCAGACGUGAGAACAUUGACUCUAACAAAUGGUGAAAAAUAUAGCGUUUAUGAAGUGAAAGUCAGUGCGUCAACUUCAGUUGGAGAAGGAAUGAACUCUACGGUAAAGGAAUUCUUAACAGAUGAAGACACUCCUGGCGCUCCUGUUAAUGUAACAUUAGAAAGAUCAUCGUUUACAGUACUGAAAUUAACUUGGGUGGUACCAAUGGAUCCUAAUGGGGUGAUUUUAGGAUAUUAUGUAUCGUGGAUUAAAGUAGUAAACGAUAAGAAUGAAACAGUUCCCAUCGAAAAGAACGAUAUCAACACCACCAAAACUUCAUUUUCAAUUUCAAAUCUUGAUCCAUAUUCUGUUUAUAAUGUAAGUUUGAAUGCAUUUACCAUCGUCGGAAAUGGAGAAGUUGUAAACAUCAAUGAACGAACUGAUGAAGCAGUUCCCAGUGAACCACGUAACGUAAGAGCUUCAAAUGUUAGCUCCACUCAACUUAAUGUAUCGUGGGAUGAACCUGAAAAUUUCAACGGAGUUUUACUGUCAUACACAGUUUAUUAUAAACUUAUUCGUGAUGACAACAACGAAGUUGUACAUAGUAUGAUUUAUAAAAGCACAAACACCUCAACAGACGUGAGAACAUUGACUCUAACAAAUCUUGAAAAAUAUAGCGUUUAUGAAGUGAAAGUCAGUGCGUCAACUUCAGUUGGAGAAGGAAUGAACUCUACGGUAAAGGAAUUCUUGACAGAUGAAGACACUCCUGGCGCUCCAGUUAAUGUAACAUUAGAAAUAUCAUCGUCUACAGUACUUGAAUUAACUUGGGUGGUACCAAUGGAUCCUAAUGGGAUCAUUCGUGGUUAUAAUGUAUCUUGGAGUAAAGUAAUAAAUGAUAGGAAUGAAACAGUUCCCAUCACCAUGAACAGUACCACAACCACCAAAACUUCGUUUUCCAUUUCAAAUUUAGAUCCAUAUUCUGUUUAUAAUGUAAGUUUGAAUGCAUUUACCUUCGUUGGAAAUGGAGAAGCUGUAGAUCUCAGUGAACGAACCGGUGAAACAGUUCCCAGUGAGCCACGUAACGUAAGAGCUUUAAAUGUUAGCUCCACUCAACUUAAUGUAUCGUGGGAUGAACCUGAAAAGUUCAACGGAGUUUUAUUGUCAUACACAGUUUAUUAUAAACCUAUUCGUGAUGAUAACAACAAAGUUGUACAUCGUAUGAAUUAUAAAAGCACAAACACUUUAACAGACGUGAGAACAUUGACUCUAACAUAUCUUGAAAAAUACAGCGUUUACGAAGUCAAAGUCAGUGCGUCAACUUCAGUUGGAGAAGGAAUGAACUCUACGGUAAAGGAAUUCUUGACAGAUGAAGACACUCCUGGCCCUCCAGUUAAUGUAACAUUACAAAGAUCAUCGUCCACAGUACUUAACUUAACAUGGGAGAUACCAAGGGAUCCUAAUGGGAUCAUUCGUGGGUAUAAUGUAUCUUGGAGUAAAGUAUUAAAUGAUAAGAAUGAAACAGUUCCCAUGAACAGGAAUAGUACCAACACCACCAAUACUUCGUUUUCCAUUUCAAAUCUUGAUCCAUAUUCUAUUUACAAUGUAAGUUUGAAUGCAUUUACCUCCGUUGGGAAUGGAGAAGUUGUAGAUCUCAGUGAACGAACCGGUGAAACAGUUCCCAGUGAACCACGUAACCUUAGAGCUUCAAAUCGUAGCUCCAUUGAGCUUAUUGUAUCGUGGGAUGAACCUGAAAAUUUCAACGGAAUUUUACGGUCAUACACAGUUUAUUAUAAACGUAUUCGUGAUGACAACGACGAAGUUGUACAUAGUAUGAAUUAUGAAAGCAGAAACACUUUACCAGACGUGAGAACAUUGAAUCUAACAAAUCUUGAAAAAUAUAGUGUUUACGAAGUCAAAGUGAGUGCAUCAACUGUAAUUGGAGAAGGAAGGAAUUCUACAGUAAAGGAAUUCUUGACAAAUGAAGACACUCCUGGCCCUCCAGUUAAUGUAACAUUACAAAGAUCAUCGUCCACAGUACUGAACUUAACAUGGGAGAUACCAAGGGAUCCUAAUGGGAUCAUUCGUGGGUAUUAUGUAUCUUGGAGUAAAGUAUUAAAUGAUAAGAAUGAAACAGUUCCCAUGAACAGGAAUAGUACCAACACCACCAAUACUUCGUUUUCCAUUUCAAAUCUUGAUCCAUAUUCUAUUUACAAUGUAAGUUUGAAUGCAUUUACCUCCGUUGGGAAUGGAGAAGUUGUAGAUCUCAGUGAACGAACCGGUGAAACAGUUCCCAGUGAACCACGUAACCUUAGAGCUUCAAAUCGUAGCUCCAUUGAGCUUAUUGUAUCGUGGGAUGAACCUGAAAAUUUCAACGGAAUUUUACGGUCAUACACAGUUUAUUAUAAACGUAUUCGUGAUGACAACAAUGAAGUUGUAUAUAGUAUGAAUUAUGAAAGCAGAAACACUUUACCAGACGUGAGAACAUUGAAUCUAACAUAUCUUGAAAAAUACAGUGUUUAUGAAGUCAAAGUCAGUGCAUCAACUGUAAUUGGAGAAGGAAGGAAUUCUACGGUAAAAGAAUUUUUGACAGAUGAAGACACUCCUGGCCCUCUAGUUAAUGUAACAUUACAAAGAUCAUCGUCCACAGUACUGAACUUAACAUGGGAGAUACCAAGGGAUCCUAACGGGAUCAUUCGUGGGUAUUAUGUAUCUUGGAGUAAAGUAUUAAAUGAUAAGAAUGAAACAGUUCCCAUGAACAGGAAUAGUACCAACACCACCAAUACUUCGUUUUCCAUUUCAAAUCUUGAUCCAUAUUCUAUUUACAAUGUAAGUUUGAAUGCAUUUACCCUCGUUGGGAAUGGAGAAGUUGUAGAUCUCAGUGAACGAACCGGUGAAACAGUUCCCAGUGAACCACGUAACCUUAGAGCUUCAAAUCGUAGCUCCAUUGAGCUUAUUGUAUCGUGGGAUGAACCUGAAAAUUUCAACGGAAUUUUACGGUCAUACACAGUUUAUUAUAAACGUAUUCGUGAUGACAACAACGAAAUUGUAGAUAGUAUGAAUUAUGAAAGCAGAAACACUUUACCAGACGUGAGAACAUUGAAUCUAACAAAUCUUGAAAAAUACAGUGUUUACGAAGUCAAAGUGAGUGCAUCAACUGUAAUUGGAGAAGGAAGGAAUUCUACGGUAAAGGAAUUCUUAACAAAUGAAGACACUCCUGGCGCUCCAGUUAAUGUAACAUUACAAAGAUCAUCGUCCACAGUACUGAACUUAACAUGGGAGAUACCAAGGGAUCCUAACGGGAUCAUUCGUGGGUAUUAUGUAUCUUGGAGUAAAGUAUUAAAUGAUAAGAAUGAAACAGUUCCCAUGAACAGGAAUAGUACCAACACCACCAAUACUUCGUUUUCCAUUUCAAAUCUUGAUCCAUAUUCUAUUUACAAUGUAAGUUUGAAUGCAUUUACCUCCGUUGGGAAUGGAGAAGUUGUAGAUCUCAGUGAACGAACCGGUGAAACAGUUCCCAGUGAACCACGUAACCUUAGAGCUUCAAAUCGUAGCUCCAUUGAGCUUAUUGUAUCGUGGGAUGAACCUGAAAAUUUCAACGGAAUUUUACGGUCAUACACAGUUUAUUAUAAACGUAUUCGUGAUGACAACAACGAAAUUGUAGAUAGUAUGAAUUAUGAAAGCAGAAACACUUUACCAGACGUGAGAACAUUGAAUCUAACAAAUCUUGAAAAAUACAGUGUUUACGAAGUCAAAGUGAGUGCAUCAACUGUAAUUGGAGAAGGAAGGAAUUCUACGGUAAAGGAAUUCUUAACAAAUGAAGACACUCCUGGCGCUCCAGUUAAUGUAACAUUACAAAGAUCAUCGUCCACAGUACUGAACUUAACAUGGGAGAUACCAAGCGAUCCUAAUGGGAUCAUUCGUGGGUAUAAUAUAUCUUGGAGUAAAGUAUUAAAUGAUAAGAAUGAAACAGUUCCCAUGAACAGGAAUAGUACCAACACCACCAAUACUUCGUUUUCCAUUUCAAAUCUUGAUCCAUAUUCUAUUUACAAUGUAAGUUUGAAUGCAUUUACCUCCGUUGGGAAUGGAGAAGUUGUAGAUCUCAGUGAACGAACCGGUGAAACAGUUCCCAGUAAACCACGUAACCUUAGAGCUUCAAAUCGUAGCUCCAUUGAGCUUAUUGUAUCGUGGGAUGAACCUGAAAAUUUCAAUGGAAUUUUAUUGUCAUACACAGUUUAUUAUAAUUUUAUUCGUGAUGACAAGAACAAUGUUGUACCUGGUACAAGUUAUGAAAGCAGAAACACUUUACCAUACGUGAGAACAUUGAGUUUAACAUAUCUUGAAAAAUACAGUGUUUACGAAGUCAAAGUGAGUGCAUCAACUGUAAUUGGAGAAGGAAGGAAUUCUACGGUAAAGGAACUCUUGACAGAUGAAGACACUCCUGGCGCUCCAGUUAAUGUAACAUUACAAAGAUCAUCGUCCACAGUACUUAACUUAACAUGGGAGAUACCAAGCGAUCCUAAUGGGAUCAUUCUUGGGUAUUAUGUAUCUUGGAGUAAAGUAUUAAAUGAUAAGAAUGAAACAGUUCUCAUGAACAGGAAUAGUACCAACACCACCAAUACUUCGUUUUCCAUUUCAAAUCUUGAUCCAUAUUCUAUUUACAAUGUAAGUUUGAAUGCAUUUACCUUCGUUGGAAAUGGAGAAGCUGUAGAUCUCAGUGAACGAACCGGUGAAGCAGUUCCCAGUGAACCACGAAACGUAAGAGCUUUAAAUGUUAGCUCCACUCAACUUAAUGUAUCGUGGGAUGAACCUGAAAAGUUCAAUGGAAUUUUAUUGUCAUACACAGUUUAUUAUAAACGUAUUCGUGAUGACAACAACGAAGUUGUACAUAGUAUGAAUUAUGAAAGCACAAACACUUUACCAGACGUGAGAACAUUGAAUCUAACAAAUCUUAAAAAAUACAGUGUUUACGAAGUCAAAGUGAGUGCAUCAACUGUAAUUGGAGAAGGAAGGAAUUCUACGGUAAAGGAAUUCUUGACAGAUGAAGACACUCCUGGCCCUCCAGUUAAUGUAACAUUACAAAGAUCAUCGUCCACAGUACUUAACUUAACAUGGGAGAUACCAAGUGAUCCUAAUGGGAUCAUUCGUGGGUAUAAUAUAUCUUGGAGUAAAGUAUUAAAUGAUAAAAACGAAACAGUUCCCAUGAACAGGAAUAGUACCAACACCACCAAUACUUCGUUUUCCAUUUCAAAUCUUGAUCCAUAUUCUAUUUACAAUGUAAGUUUGAAUGCAUUUACCUUCGUUGGAAAUGGAGAAGCUGUAGAUCUCAGUGAACGAACCGGUGAAGCAGUUCCCAGUGAACCACGAAACGUAAGAGCUUUAAAUGUUAGCUCCACUCAACUUAAUGUAUCGUGGGAUGAACCUGAAAAGUUCAAUGGAAUUUUAUUGUCAUACACAGUUUAUUAUAAACGUAUUCGUGAUGACAACAACGAAGUUGUACAUAGUAUGAAUUAUGAAAGCACAAACACUUUACCAGACGUGAGAACAUUGAAUCUAACAAAUCUUAAAAAAUACAGUGUUUACGAAGUCAAAGUGAGUGCAUCAACUGUAAUUGGCGAAGGAAGGAAUUCUACGGUAAAUGAAUUCUUGACAGAUGAAGACACUCCUGGCCCUCCAGUUAAUGUAACAUUACAAAGAUCAUCGUCCACAGUACUUAACUUAACAUGGGAGAUACCAAGUGAUCCUAAUGGGAUCAUUCGUGGGUAUAAUAUAUCUUGGAGUAAAGUAUUAAAUGAUAAGAAUGAAACAGUUCCCAUGAACAGGAAUAGUACCAACACCACCAAUACUUCGUUUUCCAUUUCAAAUCUUGAUCCAUAUUCUAUUUACAAUGUAAGUUUGAAUGCAUUUACCUUCGUUGGAAAUGGAGAAGUUGUAGAUCUCAGUGAACGAACCGGUGAAACAGCUCCUAGUGAACCGCAAAUGCUUAUAGUCGUUGAUAAAACAAGUGAUUCCUUCCUGAUAUCAUGGAUAGAACCUGGAAUGUUGAAUGGCGUUGUUACCUUUUAUAAUUUAACUUUAUGUUUGUUGGUGGAUGGAAAUGGACGAACAUAUGAUAACUGUGUGAUCUCUUACACUGUUGUCUUGGCAAAAAAUGACAGAAGUUUUAACACCAGCAGAAACUUUACUUUGUGUUCUUACUGUAAAUAUCAAAUUGAACUUCGAGCUGCGACUGUGAGACUUGGUCCACCUGCAAUCAUACAAAACAGAACUCUGGAAAGUGCGGCCAGUAAACCAAGAAAUGUCAGUUUAGUUCCUAUUUCAUCCACUGCGCUUAAUGUGUCAUGGCUUCCACCAUUGAAUAAAAAUGGAAGAUUGAGUGGAUAUUUUAUCACGUGGAGAAUAUUACGUAACGAUACCAACCAUAGUGUUGUUGGUCAAACGAUGUCGGAGAGUUUGGAGAAUGACACAAGUUCAUUUGAAAUAUCAAAACUAGAACAUCAUUCUGUAUAUGAAGUAACUAUCAAUGCUGUUAAUGGUUUUGGCAAUGGAUCGCGUGUUGUUGUGAUGGCUCGGACAAACGAACAUGUUCCCAGUGUACCAGAUAAUGUGAAUGUCAUUGCACCAUCGUCUACAAUGCUGCAAGUCACGUGGUUUCCACCUUUGGACCCCAAUGGAGUUAUAACUGGUUAUAAUAUUACCUGGAAGUUAAUUGAAGAUGAUAACAACAAUGCAGUAGAAUCUGUGUUGAACGUUCUUUCUACUCCAUUAAACCCAUCUUCUCGUAGUUAUGUCAUCAACAGCUUAGAACACUACUCCCUUUAUAAUGUGACCGUUUAUGCUAUAACUGAUGCUGGAGCAGGCAGUGGUGCGAGUGUCGAACAACGAACUGGCGAAUCAAUUCCUGGUAUUCCAAGCAACGUUGCAUGUGGGACGUCGGCAAAGAAGUCAUUAAAUGUCAGUUGGAAAGAACCUUUGGAUCCAAAUGGAAAAGUUCGUCUGUAUAAACUUACUUGGAUGAAAUUAAGAAACAGAAAUGCUUACGAGUCGAUUGCAUUUGGUGAAAAUAAGUCUUAUACAACACCAAACACAAUUGAAGCAGAUAUUGGUAACAAUAGUUUGGAACCAUUUACAGUUUAUCGCGUAAGUGUUGCUGCUCAGACGCUCGAAAGUUUAGGUUUUGGUAGAGAACAAAAUAUAUCUUGUAACACAAGUGAAGAUGUUCCCAACGCACCUCCUGAAUUAACUAGUGCUUAUCAUUUGGGGCCAUACAGCGCUAGAGUAACAUGGGAACCAUUGAAUAACCUGAGCUGGCAAGCUGCCAGUAUCCAGUAUGUUGUAACGUAUCAAUUAUUGGGUGAUAAUAACAGACUAACUGUUGAAUCGGACGUGCUGCAGGUAAACCUGAAUGGUUUGAAUCCGAAUUCAAGUUAUACUGUAACUGUUUUGGCGAGAAACAGAGUUGGUGAUGGUGCAAAAAGUAAUCAAAUGGAGUUUAUGACAAAUUUGACUAUUCCUCCGGACAUAACAUCAACUACGAUUCCGUUUACCUUGGAAGAAUAUCAAGAUGAAAAUGUCUCAAUCUACCAAAUCAUCGUUUUGGAAGUGAUUGAAAACCUCAGACUUCCUGAUACAGAUAUAAUCGUGACAAGGUAUUAUUUUAACCGAACAGCUGGUGAACCUUACAUAACUGCAGAGUUCCCAUCAUCGGAAUUUAAUAAAUAUAAAGACUUUGUUGUUGGUCAAGGAAACUCUUUCACGAAUGCAAAACGAAGAAAAAAACGAGCGGCUUCUAUAAACAUUGUUAACGGUGCGUUAACUGAAGGUCGUCUUUAUCGUUUACUACAACGUGGUUUGGAUGAUAAAAGAACUGUUAUUAAAACGAGAGCUUGGACUGACACAAUAGAAACGAUAAAAAAAAUUGAUGAUGACGACGACUCUUAUGUUGGUGUCAUAGUUGGUGUUGUUGUUGCAGCAGUCAUUUUGGUUAUUUUGAUCGUAAUUGCCGUGUUUUACAUCAGAAGACGAGGUGGUAACAACAGAAAACAGUUUAAAGAUGACAUUGAAUUGGACAAUCGAGGCUAUGUACCAGGUGAGGUAUUUGCUGUUACAGACUUCAGUGAACAUUGUCGUAGAUUAGCAGCGGACUCAAAUUGUUUAUACUCCUUGGAGUACUCUCAAAUCCCUCGAAAGAAUGCAACUCUUUCCAUGAAUGCUGCUGAACUAGAAGCUAACAGAGAAAGCAAUCGAUAUAACAAUAUCUUAUGUUACGAUGAAAAUCGAGUGUUUCUUAAAACUGAUCCAAGUGGCAAUGAUUAUAUAAACGCCAGUUACCUGGAUGGAUGUGAAAAAGAGAAGGCAUACAUAGCAACUCAAGGACCAUUGGAAACGACGUGUGAACAAUUCUGGCGAAUGGUUUGGGAAAAUUUAAGCAGUAUAAUUGUUAUGGUUACAGGACUGGAAGAGGGUCGAAAAGUAAAAUGUCAUCAAUAUUGGCCAUCAAAAGGAAGCGCUGAAUAUGGUGAAUUUGUUGUUACGUUGUUGGAGGAAUUUGAACUUACAGAUUAUACCAUCAGAACAUUUAAAGUUGUUGGGGCAGAUAAACUUCAAGAGCGUUCAAUAAAGCAAUUCCAUUACACUGCGUGGCCUGACCAUGGUGUACCGAGCAGUCCUAGUUCCCUUUUAAAUUUCGUGCGCAAGUCAUCUGCUGCAAAUCCGCCAAAUGCUGGACCAAUGGUUGUACACUGUAGUGCUGGUGUUGGCAGAACAGGAACUUACGUUGUCAUUGAUACACAACUGAGACGGAUUGCAAAACGAAAGACAGUAGACGUAUAUGGUAACGUUCAAACACUACGCAAUCAACGUUUGUUGAUGGUUCAAGUUGAAGAUCAAUAUAUCUUCAUUCAUAAUGUGUUACUUGAAGCAAUCAACAAUGGAGAGACAGAAAUACCAGUAGAAGAUUUUCCUGAAACUCUUAAAGAGAUCAUGAGUGUGAAUCCUGAAACGGGUGUUGUUCGAGUCGAGGAAGAAUUUCAACGUCUUGGUAGAAGUGUCAGCCCUCCUGCUCAAUUUAAAACAGCCAAUUUGAACUGCAAUAAACAGAAAAAUCGAUACGCAAAUGUUUUACCUUUUGAUGAUUCUCGCGUAAAAUUGACGCAAAUCCCAGGGAUCGAAGGCUCUGAUUACAUCAAUGCUAACUUUAUUGAUGGUUAUAUGAAAAAGAAGGCCUUUAUUGCAACGCAAGCACCAAUACCUGACACAAUCCCCGACUUCUGGAGAAUGAUUUGGCAAGAAAACUCUCUUACAAUUGUUAUGCUUUCCAAUGAAAUGGAAAGUGGAAGAGUAAAAGUUCAUAGAUACUGGCCAAAUAAAGCUCCUGCAGUAAUUGGUGACCUUAUGGUUGAACUCAUGAGCGAGCAAACCUUUGAUGAAUAUAUUUUACGAGAACUCAAAUUAACGAAUACCAAGGAGAAAGCUUCUCACGUGAUUCGUCAAUUCCAUUACACAUCUUGGCCUGAUGUUGGCUCUCCUUCGUCUGGUGCAGGUAUGAUGGAUCUCAUUGGUCAAGUACAAAGAUGGCAAUUACAAUCUGGAAAUAAGAUUAUCACUGUUCAUUGCAGCGCGGGUGUUGGACGUACUGGAGUAUUUUGUGCUUUAUCGAAUCUUAUUGAACGUUUGAAAACUGAACACGUUAUUGAUGUGUUUCAAACCGUAAAAAUGUUACGUCAGAAAAGAACUGCUAUGGUGCAGACUAAGGAUCAGUACGAGUUUUGUUAUAAUGUCCUUAUUGAAUAUUUGGAUUCCUUUGAUCUCUAUGCAAACUUCACUUAAUGUUUUAGUAACGAUAUUUAUAAUGAUAUUUAAACUCAGUGCACAUUUGUGUUAUAGUUACUAACACGUAUGCUGUAUUUUAUAAAUUUUGUUUUUAGUUUUAUAAGUAGAUAAAAUCAUUCUUCCAUGUAUGAAUUGCAAUCUUUUAAGCUUAUAUAUUACUUUCAUAAAGAAACAAAGCUUUGUAAAUAAUUGCAUUUUAUACUAUAGUUAAUUAUUCUGUAAAACCUUAUGAUCGUACAACCACACCAUUAACGCUUUUUGCUAGUUUUGAUGUACAUUCAUCAAUCGUCAUUACAAACUUUUGUACUUUAGUAUAAUACAUUGGGAUGAUGUACCUAUACAUUUUUUAAAUCCAUUUAUAAUAUUGUUCAAAGAAUACAUAUUCUUUAUAAAAUAA